AUCAAUCAAUUCAAAGCUUGUUCGCCAGUCGGAGGAGGGAGACUCUGUUAUUGCAAGCUACAGACCUCCUUCCUGCAUAACACCAAUUUGCAUCCAACAAUUUGUUCUCAAUUCCAACUUUCCAUCUCCCUAUUUUUGUUUUGCCCUAAUUUUCCCUCACUAGGGUUUCUCAGUUUGAUCUAGGUUAUCAUUACGAUUGCCAAACGUUCACCGGUUUGAUUUACUGGUUCACAAGGUUUCAGGUGACAGGAGUCUAUUAAGUAUGUUUGGGAACUUCAAUUGGUGUAGAGGGAAGUUUGAUUUUUGAUUUGAGCUGUUAGGGCUUCAAGUCCAAUUGUGAAUCCCAAUUUUCAUGCUCACAAGUACUACCUUAUCUGAAUUGAUGGUUGUAGGUUAUCUAUAAGUCUUUCUGGUUUGAGUAAUGGGAAGCAGAGAUAUGGAUAAACCUGCCAAGGAGGCAAAAGACUCAGCGAAGGAGACUCCAACUUCCCAGGAGCAGUCCUCAGGUAAUGCCAUGGGAGCGGUGCCGGAUUGGACUGGGUUUCAGGCUUAUUCUCCUAUGCCUCCACAUGGGUACUUAGCAUCAAGCCCUCAACCUCAUCCCUACAUGUGGGGGGUCCAGCAUCUUAUGCCACCUUAUGGUACUGCACCUCAUCCAUACGUUGCUAUGUAUCCCCAUGGUGGCAUAUAUGCUCAUCCAUCUAUGCCUCCGGGAUCAUAUCCUUUUAGUCCAUUUGCAAUGCCUUCUCCAAAUGGUGUUGCUGAGGUUUCUGGCAAUACACCUGGCAGUAUGGAAGUGAAUGGUAAGUCGCCUGAAGGAAAGGAAAAGCUUCCGAUUAAGAGAUCGAAGGGAAGUCUUGGCAGUUUAAAUAUGAUUACGGGUAAAAACAGUGAACCCAGCAAAGCAGGAGCAUCUGCUAAUGGAUCCUAUCCCAAAAGUGCUGAGAGUGGAAGUGAAGGUUCAAGUGAAGGAAGUGAUGCAAAUUCUGAAAAUAAUUCCCAAAUGAAAUCAGGAUCCAGGCAAGAUUCUAUGGAAGGUGAAGCAUCUCAAAAUGGAAACACCGUACAUGGUUCUCAGAAUGGAGGACCAAAUACGCCUCAUUCAGUGGUCAAUCCAACAAUGGGCAUUGUGCCAAUAUCAGCUGGCGCUACUCUAGGAAGUGUUGCGGGUCCCACUACUAACUUAAAUAUCGGUAUGGACUACUGGAGUGGUGCAAAUACAUCCAAUAUUCCUGCAAUGCGAGGACAUGUAACUUCUGCUCCAGUUGCAGGGGGAAUGGUUGCUGCUGGGUCAAGGGAGAGCAUGCAGCCACAGCUCUGGAUACAGGAUGAAAGGGAGCUAAAAAGGCAAAGAAGGAAGCAAUCCAAUAGGGAAUCUGCUCGCAGAUCCAGAUUGCGCAAGCAGGCAGAAUGCGAUGAGCUGGCCCAACGGGCUGAAACCUUGAAGGAAGAAAAUGCUUCUCUUAGAGCAGAAGUGAGUCGUAUUAGGAGUGAUUACGAGCAGCUUCUUGCUGAAAAUGCAUCCCUUAAGGAGAGAGUAGGGGAAAGCCAAGAGGAAGCAAGAGAAAAUCAUCAAACAGAAGUUGUGCAGAGUGGUUAACCAUGUCCCAUGCAUAUUUUCCAGGGAGCUUAAUCUAACUGAAUCCCCAAUUACUUUAGCAGCAAAACAGGCAGGAAAAUAUCUGUGUAGUAAUAGUAGUAGAAAAGCCAUUGAUGCUGACCUUUUUUUCCCCUUCUACUCUUAGAUGACAAUUAAUGGCAUAUUAGUUGUAAGUUGUAACUAUCCAUCGUUCCGAAAAUACCCAUCUUUUGAUUCGAGGUUCGGGAACUAAAAGAGGGGAGCUUUUAGCCGUMUGGAUAUUAGUUGUAUGUACUAAAUUAAUAUUGCCAUCCAAUGCCAUCUUUUGAUUCGAGGUUCGGGAACUAAAAGAGGGGAGCUUUUAGCUGUCUGGAUAUUAGUUGUAUGUACUAAAUUAAUAUUGCCAUCCAAUGCUAUCAGUUUUGCUCAAUUUUGUCGAAA